AUGGAUAUUAAUUUAGAGGAAAGAUCUUAUACAUCCCCAUUAUUACGUUAUAUAUACAAAAAGAAUUACAACUUAAAUAAAAAUUCUAAAGGAAAUAAUAACGGAUUCAUACCAUUUAGUAUAAGAUUGAGUAGCUUACCUAUAAAAAAUGCUAGUGAUAAUAAAUAUAUGUCUAACAUAAAUUCAUUAAAUGUAACUAAUUUAUUGCCAUUAUCAUUAUUUUCAAGUUAUAAUAGUAAUAACAUGAGUUCAACUGAUAUUUUAUUUUUACCAAAAUUUUCAACUUUUCUUUUUUUUACUAUACCUAUAUUUGUUAUGUUACCCAAUCUAACCUUAUACACAAAACAUUGGUUUUUUUUUGCACCUAAAUAA